AUGAAUUGUCAAAGAGUCGUACAUUAUAUAAACGCCGCCAUUUCUGCUUUCUGUUUUAUACACUUAUCACCAAUACUGAAAGUCCUCGAUCGAUUCGCGAAAAAUUCGCUCGACAGAAGCACGCUCAUUGCGUUAAAACAAUUCUUCGGAUCACAAUCAACUCGGAAAUGACGGUAUAGGAAAGAUGCUGCAAAACGAGAAAGAGUCGUGUUCAACUCCAGUACACCUCGACAUGGGAGGCGAAUAUUGCACUUUAAGAGAAAUUUCUGACGCGGCAGCUGCGGCUGGAGCAACAAAGAAGCUAACCAGUCAAAAACCUGAACAAAAUGCACAAGCUAACCACACAAGUCGAGACGAUAAGGAUAUCAACCUGAGCCCGAGGCACAAAGUGUUACGCUCAAAGUCAACUCCCGCGCGAGAAACACCCGUGAACAUCGCACUUGACACAGAAGGUGUGUCAGCUAAACACGUGAAUGGUGUUCAGCCGAGUGCGAGUGGCCAUUAUGUGAUAGCCCCAGCGAGACGAAGCACAGGUCAUGUCAAACCGGGAGGCAGGCGAAGUCUCGGGUCUCUUUCUACUCGGGAGCCGCCUGCUCCACUCUGCUACUUCGCAUAUCUAGGCAAGCUCACCCCAGCGCCGAAAGAUACUCAGCGGGGACGGCUUCACUCGGCGCAUGACAUCUUAGCUGAUCGGCCAGUGAUAAUAACGAGCACGUCGAUUAUAUCUCCUUACGCCACCAAUGUUAUUUGCCAGGAAUUUGAAGCGAUCGAGGAGGACGAAAGACGUGGAGAUUGCCACGACCUCUUGGACUGUUGCACGUGCAUGUGCUGUGUGAAAGGACUCUUUUACCACUGCACCAAAGAUAACAAAGAUGAAGGUCAAAUUUCCGAGGAUCCCUGUUCAUGCCAGGGGCCUGUGAGCGAGUGCAUGGGCCGCUGGGGGAUCAUGGGAGUCAUGUCCAUAUUCAUGCCUUGCCUGUGUUGUUACCUCCCUUUUGAGGCAUAUUUUAAGUGCCACGACUGUGUGAAAAGUAUGAACAGCGGAGAUGAACGUGAGAGAAGGAGGGAUCCUAUAGGAUGCUCGUCUUCGGAAAUGGAACCUGCAUCAAUAUUGAUGAAUUCCAGAAAUGGAACUGUGAUAUAGAAAUUAUUAAUAAUUUCGUCGCAGCCCUGUAGAUUCACGUUUAUCUCAGGGAUAAAGUUUCCAUCCUAUUUUACUCGCCGAAUGUUAAUAUUUGGUAUAUCAUGUCAAUCCAAACAUUUUGAUCAGUAACAAGGUUGAAAUUUGCUGGUCAAAUUUAAGGUAGCUUUAAAAUAUUAAGCGCCGUGUUUAAAGUAGAUCCCCCCUAUCGGUUGUUUCCCCGUCAGCAGGAAGAGCGAAAACCUUGUAGUCAGUAAAAUAGGGUAUCGAUUAGCAAGUAUCUAGUAAGACGGUUACAAAACGGGACAAUUCUUAGUUCCUUUUUAUGUGUAGGGGUCUCGUAAUGACUGCCAUAUAUACCAUUCAAAGAUAAGAGUUUGUCGUUCAAUCAAUCGAUGUCCUCCUUGUUAACAUCUUUAUUCUUAUCGGCUGACUUCUUGACAGUGUAUUGAUGCUUUAAUGAGAGAUGACUUAUUGAUCACUCCCGGGAGUGAAAGGGUUUUUCUUUAGCUAGAAAGUAACCCAAAAACGCAUUACAGUGUGGAAUCAUACCAGUUACUGAUAACUGGAAAUAUAGACACGUUCUAAACUAACCGCAAACCAGCAGACUGGGGCGGGAUACCUUAUAUAGUAUUAGAAAUUGCAUACUGCUGUAACAUUGAGUGGUAACGACUCCCAAAUAACGCAAAUCAAAGUAAAAAAUAGAUUCUGCAUACCGUGCCUCUGGUCAGUAAUAAUAGAUCACAAAAAAAAGUAAUGGCACACGUGGCGCAGCCAAGUGGGGCACUGUGAUCUUUAACUGUACAGACCAACGGUAACAUGGAAUCUCUUUGCUAUGUAUGAUGAAAAAAACAACCAAAAUGUUGUUUAUGGUAACGUCAUUUAUGCGUCUGUCCAAUAGGUCAUAGGAACCAACUAAAAUGUGUGCACAAUUGAUCUUAUCAUUUAACUUAAGAAAAAAAAUACCAAAUCAUUGACAUAUGAUAGAUUGCUUGAUAUAGAUAUAGUUCUGCUAGGUUUCACUCGGAAAUCAGCUUCGUUCGAUAUGAAACACAAUUUAUAAAUGGAUGUCUGUAAAUACUGUAGAAAAUAGCAAACUGAAUUUGUAACGAUAACAAAACAGAGUGAGAAGUAUAUGGAGGGUCCUUGAAUCUUUUAAUCCAUUCCUGAGCUGAUAUCGGCGUGAAAUAUUUACGAAAACAUUUCACAUAGUUUCUUAGCUUCAUUGCUUAUCUUUUAGAAAUAUUACAUGAUUCAUUACUAGUUGAAAUAUCAAAGUAAGGGAUAAUUAAACUUCUAU